AUGCAGAGUGGGGGAGGGGUGGCCGUGCAGGGGGGGCAGCGAGGGAAGGGAGACAAGAGCACGGCCACGCUCGCGCACAUUACACGCAAAAUACUCGGAUAUUACUCACAAAGGGCCCGUUUCGUCAAGUCUCGACUCAUUGAUAAAGUGAUCCACGGGGAGUUCCAACCCCCUAAAGCCAACUUACUCGACAACUCUGGAUUACCACACAGAUUAACAACUUUAUUUUGCGAGGACGACAGAGGGGACUACGAAGCCGCCGAGGAGCGCCUGAUGCACGAUGACGAGGAGGACGACAUCUCAGAAAAUGAAACGCCCAAAGUGAAAAAGAAGAAAAAGGCCAAAAAGAGCCGCGAAAGUAAAGGCAAGAGACGAUCAAAGCGAGAAGAGCUGACGGUGAGUUCUCCGGAGCCAAUGGACACAGCAGGACCAGAGGAGACGGAGGAUGGAGCUGCAGUUCCGCGCUCGGACAGCGAGGGCAGCGACUACACUCCAGGACGCAAGAAGAAGAAGCGAGGCGGCACGGGGAAAGAGAAGAAGAGAAGCAGCACCAGCAGCGACCGCAACUCCAGACGCAGAGAACCAGAACCAGAGGAGGAGGAGGACGACGACGACUCGGAGCCAAAGACUUCGUCACAGCUGCUGGAGACGUGGGGCAUGGAGGACAUCGACCAUGUGUUUUCUGAGGAGGACUAUCGCGCUCUCACCAACUACAAGGCCUUCAGCCAGUUCGUCCGACCUCUCAUUGCUGCGAAGAACCCAAAGAUCGCUGUCUCGAAGAUGAUGAUGGUCCUCGGGGCAAAGUGGCGGGAGUUCAGCACCAACAACCCUCUGAGGGGCGGCGCCGUGGCUAACGUUCCCGUGGCGACUACUAACGCCACGUCUGCCUCGGACAACAUGGUGUCAGAGUCUGCUCCUGCUACAGCGCCCCCUGCUGACCCAGAGCCACCUCCUGCUCCACCACUGCGCAAGGCCAAGACCAAGGAAGGCAAAGGACCAAAUGCUCGUAAGAAAUCCAAAUCUGCUGCAAAACCUCAGGAGAAGAAAAGCAACGCCAAAACCAAGAAAGUGGCUCCACUUAAAAUCAAACUGGGAGGAUUCAACAAGAGGAAACGCUCAUCGAGCGAGGACGACGAGCCGGACGUGGAGUCUGACUUUGAUGACAUCAGUAUGAACAGUGUCUCUGUGUCUGAAGGAUCAAACAGUCGCAGCAAGAGCAAGAAGAAGCCGGCCAAGAACAAACCCAAGAGGAAGAAGGAAGCGGAGGAUGGUGAUGGCUAUGAGACAGACCAUCAGGACUACUGUGAGGUGUGUCAGCAGGGUGGAGAGAUCAUCCUGUGUGACACCUGUCCCAGAGCGUACCACAUGGUGUGUGUGGACCCCGACAUGGAGAAGGCCCCUGAGGGCACCUGGAGCUGCCCACACUGUGAGAAGGAGGGUAUCCAGUGGGAGGCGCGUGAGGAGGCCUCUGAGGGGGAGGAGGAUAACGGUGAAGCAGGAGACCACGAAGAGGACGACCUCCACAUGGAGUUCUGUCGCGUGUGUAAAGAUGGAGGAGAGCUUCUCUGCUGUGACUCCUGCCCCUCAUCCUACCACAUCCACUGCCUCAACCCCCCCCUUCCCGAGAUCCCCAACGGAGAGUGGAUCUGCCCCCGCUGCACGUGCCCAUCUCUGAAGGCUAAAGUGCAGAAGAUCCUGACUUGGCGUUGGGGUGACCCUCCUCCCCCCACCAUCGUCCCUCGGCCCCCGGACCUGGCCCCUGAGGCUCCAGACCCUGCUCCUUUGGCUGGACGCCCAGAGAGAGAGUUCUUCCUGAAGUGGUCCAACCUGUCAUAUUGGCACUGCUCCUGGGCAACAGAGUUGCAGCUGGAGCUUCAUUGUCAGGCAAAGUUUAGGAACUACCAGAGGAAGACUGACAUGGACGAGCCUCCUCCCAUCGACUUUGGAGACGGAGACGAUGACAAGAGCACGAAGAGGAAGAACAAGGACCCCAUGUACGCUAAGCUAGAGGAACGCUUCCUCCGCUAUGGCAUCAAGAUGGAGUGGCUCAUGAUCCACCGCAUCAUCAACCACAGCGUGGAUAAGAAACACAAUGUCCACUACCUAAUAAAGUGGCGGGAGCUGGCAUACGACCAGGCCACUUGGGAGGGGGACGAGAUGGACGUGCCAGAGUUUGACCAGUACAAGCAGCAGUACUGGAACCACAGGGAGCUGAUGAUCGGAGAGGAUGGAAAACCUGGAAAGAAAAUCAAAGUUAAAGGAAGAACGAAGAGGCCUGAAAGACCCCCAGAAAACCCUGUGAUUGAUCCCACAAUCAAGUUUGACCGCCAGCCGGAUUACCUGGACACCACCGGGGGAACCCUGCAUCCGUAUCAGCUGGAGGGUUUGAACUGGCUCCGGUUCUCGUGGGCUCAGGGCACAGACACCAUCCUCGCUGACGAGAUGGGCCUGGGGAAAACCGUGCAGACUGCCACCUUUCUCUACUCGCUCUACAAAGAGGGCCACUCCAAGGGCCCCUUCCUGGUGGGGGCCCCACUCUCAACCAUCAUAAACUGGGAAAGAGAGUUCGAGAUGUGGGCUCCGGAUAUGUACGUGGUGACGUAUGUGGGCGACAAGGACAGCAGAGCGGUUAUCAGGGAGAACGAGUUUGCGUUUGAGGACAACGCCAUCAGAGGAGGAAAGAAGGCGUCCAAGAUGAAGAAAGACUCGUCACUGAAGUUCCACGUUCUGCUGACGUCGUACGAACUCAUCACCAUCGACGUCGCUGUGUUAGGAUCCAUCGACUGGGCCUGUCUGGUGGUGGACGAGGCCCAUCGACUGAAGAACAACCAGUCUAAGUUUUUCCGAAUCUUGAACAACUACUCGCUUCAACACAAGCUGCUGCUGACGGGAACUCCUCUGCAGAACAACCUGGAGGAGCUUUUCCACCUGCUCAACUUCCUCACUCCAGAAAGAUUCAGUAAUCUGGAGGGUUUCCUGGAGGAGUUUGCAGACAUCGCUAAAGAAGAUCAGAUAAAGAAACUCCACGACAUGUUGGGACCUCACAUGCUGCGGCGACUGAAGGCUGACGUUUUCAAACACAUGCCCUCAAAGACCGAGCUGAUCGUCCGAGUGGAGCUCAGUCCCAUGCAGAAGAAAUAUUACAAGUAUAUUCUGACGAAAAACUUUGACGCCUUGAACACGAAAGGAGGCGGGAACCAGUUCUCUUUGCUAAACGUUGUCAUGGAUCUGAAAAAGUGCUGUAACCAUCCCUACCUCUUCCCUGUGGCUGCGAUGGAAGCUCCACGUUUGCCCAAUGGGAUCUAUGAGAACCAGGGUCUGAUCAAAGCAUCAGGGAAACUGCUGCUGCUACAGAAGAUGAUGAGGAAGCUCAAAGAUGGCGGACACAGGGUUCUCAUCUUCUCACAGAUGACAAAGAUGCUGGAUUUGUUGGAGGACUUCUUGGAAAACGAGGGUUAUAAAUACGAGAGAAUUGAUGGGUCGAUCACAGGAGGACUGAGGCAGGAGGCCAUCGACCGAUUCAACGCCCCGGGUGCUCAACAGUUCGCCUUCCUCUUGUCGACCCGAGCCGGAGGUCUGGGCAUCAACCUGGCAACCGCCGACACUGUGGUCAUCUACGACUCUGACUGGAACCCUCACAACGAUAUCCAGGCCUUCAGCAGAGCUCAUCGAAUUGGUCAAAACAAAAAGGUCAUGAUCUAUCGCUUCGUAACCAAGGCUUCUGUGGAGGAAAGGAUCACUCAGGUGGCCAAGAAGAAGAUGAUGCUGACUCACCUGGUGGUGCGUCCUGGUCUGGGAUCCAAGACUGGAUCCAUGUCCAAACAGGAGCUGGACGACAUCCUGAAGUUCGGGACAGAGGAGCUGUUCAAGGACGAGGGAGAAGGUGAGAAUAAGGAGGAGGACAGCAGUGUGAUCCAUUACGAUGACAAAGCCAUCGAGAGUCUACUGAACAGGAACCAGGACGCCACAGACGACACAGAGCUGCAGAGUAUGAACGAGUAUCUGAGCUCCUUCAAAGUGGCUCAGUAUGUGGUCAAGGACGAGGACGAGGAGGAGGAGGAGGUGCAGAGGGAGAUCAUCAAACAGGAGGAGAGCGUGGAUCCAGACUACUGGGAGAAACUGCUGCGUCACCACUACGAGCAGCAGCAGGAGGAUCUGGCUCGUAACCUAGGAAAAGGCAAACGCAUCCGAAAACAGGUCAACUACAACGAUGGAUCACAGGAGGACACAGGCAGAGCUGAUUGGCAGGAUGACCAGUCUGACGGUCAGUCUGAUUACUCCGUGGCGUCGGAGGAGGGAGACGAGGACUUCGACGAGCGAUCUGAAGCUGCUAACUCCCGCAGACCGGGUAGGAAAGGCCUCCGCAACGAGAAGGACAAACCACUGCCCCCCCUGCUGGCCAGGGUGGGAGGCAACAUUGAGGUGCUGGGCUUUAAUUCGCGGCAGAGAAAGGCCUUCCUAAACGCAGUGAUGCGUUAUGGGAUGCCUCCACAAGACGCCUUCACGACGCAGUGGCUCGUCAGAGAUCUGCGCGGAAAAUCAGAGAAAGAGUUUAAAGCAUACGUGUCCCUCUUCAUGAGACACCUGUGUGAACCUGGAGCAGACGGAGCUGAGACCUUUGCAGACGGUGUCCCCAGAGAAGGACUGUCCCGGCAGCAUGUCCUCACGCGCAUCGGCGUCAUGUCCCUCAUCCGCAAGAAGGUCCAGGAGUUUGAGCAUGUGAACGGUCAGUGGUCGAUGCCGUGGAUGGCGGAGCUGGAGGAAAACAAGAGGGCAGCCGCUCAGCCAGACUCCCCAGGAAAGACCCCCUCCACUGGAACCCCUGCAGACACACAGCCCAACACCCCAGCUCCAGUUGACGAAUCAAAGACUGAAGAAGCUGCAAAGGACGAGAAGGACGUGAAGAAAGACAUAGAACCGGAGAAGAACGGGAAAGACUCAAAGAGCGAGGUGAUCCCGGUUCCAGAUGACGACGAGCGAGAGAAACCCUCAGAGGAGAAGAACGGACAGGAGGCGGCAGCGGAAAAGGAACCCAACGGAGACACUGCCACAACCAACGGCACCAAAGACCCGGAGGAGACCAAGGAGAAGGAGGCUGAGGACGGGAAGACCAGUCCCACGACCACCGAGGACAAGACCAACGACAAGACUGAAGCAGCUGAGGUCAAAGCUGAGGACGUGGACAUGAAAGAAGAGAAGAAGGAGGAGAAGAUGGACACGACUCCAGCUGCUGAGGAGAAAAAGGAGGAGAAACCAGAGGACAAGGAUGUGAUCGAGGUGAAGGAGGUGAAACCAGAGGAGAAGCUUCAGAACGGCAACGCCUCGAAAGACUCCGCCGCCGUCAGCGAGGAGAAGAAGAAAGCCAAGUCCAGGUUCAUGUUCAACAUCGCAGACGGAGGCUUCACUGAGCUUCACUCUCUGUGGCAGAACGAAGAACGAGCUGCAACCGUCACCAAGAAAACUAACGAGAUCUGGCACCGGAGACACGACUACUGGCUGCUGGCAGGCAUCAUCCAACACGGUUACGCUCGCUGGCAGGACAUCCAGAACGACGCCAAGUUCGCCAUCCUCAAUGAGCCUUUCAAAGGAGAGAUGAGCCGCGGAAACUUUUUAGAAAUCAAGAACAAGUUCCUCGCCAGACGCUUCAAGCUGUUGGAGCAGGCCCUGGUGAUAGAGGAGCAGCUACGCAGAGCGGCGUACCUGAACAUGUCUGAGGACCCGUCUCACCCGUCCAUGGCCCUGAACACUCGCUUCAGUGAAGUGGAAUGUCUGGCAGAGUCUCACCAGCACCUGAGCAAGGAGUCUAUGUCAGGGAACAAACCAGCAAACGCUGUGCUGCACAAAGUGCUGAAGCAGUUGGAGGAGUUACUGAGUGACAUGAAAGCUGAUGUCACACGUCUCCCUGCGACAAUCGCCCGCAUCCCUCCUGUGGCUGUGAGGCUCCAGAUGUCAGAGAGAAACAUCCUCAGCAGACUGGCCAGCAGGGGGCCAGAGACGCACACACAAACACAACAGAUGUCUCAGCAGUAG